UGUUUAUUAUGCGGUGUAAGUGUAAAAAAGAUUUAUAUAUUUCAUAAAUAAAAACAGUGAAGAAAUGUAUUCGGUACUGCAUAAAAAGGAAAAUGCCCACGAGGAAGGCAUUUGGAGUUGUUUUUGGGGAAGGUGCUGUCCUGAGAAAAAGAAAAAAGCCGACGAAGAGAAUCCAGGAGACGAUGAAAAGUCGAGAGAUUCUUUGCUCUCCGAUGAACCUCCGAUAGAUUAUAUUGUUACCGGAGGAGUAGAUGAUCUGGUUAGGGUUUGGGAAUUACAGGACGAUAGGCUCGUUCUCAAGCAUAACCUAGAAGGUCAUUCUCUCGGCGUCGUAUCAGUAGCUUGUAGUAAUAAUGGUAAAUUGUGUGCGUCCAGUUCACUAGAUUCCAGCAUGAGAAUAUGGGAUUUGGAAAAAGGUGAAAAAAUCGCGAACGUUGACGUAGGCCCUGUGGAUUUGUGGACUGUUGCUUUUAGUCCCGAUGAUAAAUAUAUUAUUUCCGGUUCGCACGCUGGAAAAAUUACUUCGUACAGCGUCGAAACGGCCAAAGCUGAGCAAACGUUUGAGACUAGAGGAAAGUUUACUCUAAGCAUUGCCUACAGUCCGGAUGGUAAAUACAUAGCCAGCGGUGCCAUAGACGGUAUAAUAAACAUCUUCGACGUGGCUGCGAAUAAAUUAUGGCAUACAUUGGAGGGUCACGCUAUGCCCAUCCGGUCUCUUUGCUUCUCUCCGGAUUCCCAGCUACUCCUGACGGCCUCCGAUGAUGGGCAUAUGAAACUUUACGAUGUCCAGCAUACGAGUUUGGUUGGUACCUUGUCAGGGCACGCUUCUUGGGUUCUCAGCGUAGCCUUUUCUCCAGACGGUAAGAAUUUCGUAUCCGGAAGCUCUGAUAAGACUGUGAAAGUUUGGGACGUCGCUUCAAGGCAAUGUGUUCAUAGUUUCAACGAACAUGCAGACCAGGUUUGGGGAGUAAGAUACAAUCCUGAUAGUAAUAAAAUCCUGUCUGUGUCUGAAGAUAAAAGUAUAAACAUUUACAAUUGUCCAACGUGAGAUAGUUUUUUAAUAAAUUUAUUUGG